GGGUCUCAGUUUCAUCGUUAGGUGUGCAGACUGUGGACAUAGAUUUUGUUGGAAUCUAUUGCAACAGUGAGUUUACGGCAGGACAGUAGGAGGAGAUCUCCGCUUGAGAUCGGAUCAGCUAUCUCUAUAUACGGUCCCAAUAACGUCCCAACAAUAUGUUGCAACACUGUUGAGAGCGUUAUGUUGGUAGCAGAUCCAAACCAACUCCCAAUUCCCAACCUGCGCCAAUCCAACCUUGGAGACCCCGCUUUUCUCUGUACUGUACCAUCGCAAUUUGCAAGCGGACGACUUCUCUUCUGAUUCUCCAUCAACCUGUUUCUCCUUCCAUCUUCGCGCUCCUGUACCUUCAAGUCCACUCAUCUCGUUGUUUUAGGGUUUGCAAUUGUUCCUAUUUUAUUUUAAAACACUGUCUUUAAAGAUGGAUAGACACAGGGGAGAACGAUCUGGAAGUAAUCCAGAUUCCCACCACAACCGGCAUUCGAGAAUGUUUUCGCGGUCGUCUGAGAACCCCAUGAACCACCACCGUAAUCCUAACUAUAAAGGUGGGUUCUCUGGCGGAGGGCGCCACCAUCAUGAACACCGUCCUUUUAACAGUCCACCCAAUUACACGACUGGAGGUGGCGGAUUCCGGUCAAUGGGCAGUGGGGAUUUCGGCUCUGGUCAUCCGGUUCCUCUCUCAGGGCAGAAACGUGGUUUCCCAUUCUCCGGUCGAGGUGGGUCUCCAGAUAACAUCAAUCGUGGCACUUUUGCCAAACUUUUUGUUGGCUCUGUUCCAAGGACAGCCACAGAGGAAGAUAUUCGUCCCUUGUUCGAGGAACAUGGAAAUGUUAUUGAGGUUGCUCUGAUCAAGGACAGGAGAACUGGCCAGCAACAAGGAUGUUGUUUCAUAAAAUACGCAACCUCUGAAGAAGCUGACAGGGCCAUUAGAGCUUUGCAUAAUCAAUAUACUUUGCCUGGGGGAGUAGGUCCUAUCCAAGUCAGAUAUGCUGAUGGUGAACGGGAGCGACUUGUUGAGUUUAAGCUGUUUGUUGGUUGCUUGAACAGGCAAGCUACAGAAAAGGAAGUUGAGGAAAUCUUUUCUCCUUAUGGUCGCGUUGAAGAUGUCUACAUCAUGCGUGAUGAAUUAAAGCAAAGUCGUGGAUGUGGGUUUGUUAGAUUCUCUCAUAGAGAUAUGGCAGAAGCAGCUAUAAAUGCUCUUAAUGGAAUCUAUGUGAUGAGAGGUUGUGAUCAGCCAUUAACUGUUCGGUUUGCUGAUCCUAAGAGGCCUCGUUCCGGUGAAUCAAGGGGUAGUCCUGGAUUUGGCUCCCGAUCUCAAGCACCAUUAGAAUCUAGGCCAGAACCCAAUUUUGGUGAACCGAUGGGUGGGCAUGUUUUUCCUAAUGCUUGGCAUCCAAUGAGUCCUCAAAACUUGGGACCAGCUUCACAUUACAGUCCUCAUAGUUUUGGGAGUAAUUUGGUUUCUAGGGGUGGUGCUCUAACAAUGCCUCCAGUGACUGGCGGUCCCCUAGGACUUCCUACAAAUGGUUCUCUUCCAGGGCUUUCAGUUUUACCUUCUUCCACCUCACAACAGAUUUCCAACCCAUCUAUACGACUAGAUCAAUCAGUUAGUCAGAAAAUAUCUCCACUACAGAAGCCGCUUCAGUCCCCCCAGCAUUUGCCACCUUCCCUCCUGCUGCACCCUCAACAAGCUCUACUGUCUUACUCACAGCCACAAACUUCUCAGACAUCAGUGCAGCAACCUGGUCAGCUGCAGAUUACUCAGUCCUCUGGUCCAUCCUUUAGUCAAGUUCUGCCAUCGCAACAACCAUUUGGAUUGAGUGGUCAGCUGCCAAUUUCUCAGCCUCAGGUCCAGCAGAGCUGCUCUAUUUCUCAGCCUCAGGUCCAGCAGAGCUGCUCUAUUUCUCAGCCUCAGGUCCAGCAGAGCUGCUCUACUGUAGUACAACAAACCCCUCAGAACUCACAAAAGCAAGCUGUCUCUAUCAUGGCAGGCCAACAGCAGUUGUCUGCUCCUUCCAUCCAGCAACCCCUGCUUCAGCCUUUACAACAGUCAUCUGCUCAAUUUUCUCAGAUGUUAUCUCAACAGAUGCAAGUUCCACAGGCAAGCUCUCAAUCAUCACGACAAUCGUUUUCCCAGUUGCAACAACACUUGAAUCUGAUGCAGCCAUCAAGUCAAAAUCUGACCCAACAGCAGAGUUCCCAGGCUAGUAAACAACAGCCUCAAUGGACUGGAACUGUACCACAGACAGCAAGCAGCAUUCCUGCAACUUCCCAAGCUGCAGUGGCACUUUCAACUGCAUCUGCUGCUUCAGCUGUUCAUGCAAGUACACAGACAGCAGGUCCUUUAACUUGUAAUUGGACUGAGCACACAUCGCCUGAGGGAUUUAAGUAUUAUUAUAACAGUGUAACUAGUGAAAGUCGGUGGGAGAAACCUGAGGAGUUGACCUUAUUUGAGCAACAGCAGCAACGGAAAAAGCCAUUGGUUCAGCAACUUCAAGCCCAGACACAGACACAAUCACAAAUUUUGUCUGCCCAACAAAUUUCUCAAAUACCACAGGCACAGCUCCAAAUACAGCUACAUAAUCAGCAGCAAUUACAAGUUCAGCAAUCUUCCUUUUCUUCUUCGGCUUCCACUGUAGUCAGUCAUCAAAGUGUUCAGGAACUUGGUUAUGCACAAUUGCCAACAGAAGCUGGGUCAGUUAUUGAUCCUGCUCGCUUCCAACAGGGAGUUCACGCUGUACAGAAUUGGAUGUGGAAGGGCAAUUCUGCAGCAGGAACCUGAAGUGGAAAGGAGGCAUCUGAGGCAGUGUUCCAGCAGAGAAGUGUCGUCAUAGAUUUAAAUGGCGCUCCACCUGCCUGUGGUAGCAGGAAAGCAGGCAGGCAAGCCUCGUGGUGGCUGCAUGGGUAAAGCAAUGUGAUGGCAAUGCUUUAAUUUAUUUUCUUGAGGUAUAUCCCUCAUGAAAUUCUAUUACUCGGACAUUUAUUGCCUCAAAUGGAAAACUGGAAAAAGAGAGAGAAAAGCAAUGUUAUAUGAUUGUCUCUUCAUAGUUCUUACUGAGAAAAAGAAAAGAAAAAUAAAUAGGUUGUGAGAAUGCUCAAAUUCAUAGUGUUGAAGAUUGGAGGGGAAAUCCUCAAAUCCAGGGGAGGACAAAAGGAUUUUUAGCUCUAUUUGUCUUUUCAAGUUGUGGUGGGGUCGGGUUUUUUUUUUUUUUUGAGCAAAUUGUUAUUAUAGACAUUGAUUUAGCUUGUUCUGUGAAUGGGUGCCAAUAUGACUGACCGUCCCAGGUGACACCGUGAAAGCAGCCUUGUUGGUCACUCUUUAAGUAACAUGAAUACUAAAAUCUGGU